AUGACGAUCUCCUCAAAAUCGCGUGGAGAAGAAACAGGUUUUGGCAUGCAAUUCAUCGGUAACUUUUUGAGCUUUGCAUCAAGAGGGGACAAAGUGGGUCUAAACCAAAUGCUUAGAGAAGGGAUUUCUCCAAAUGUACAAGACUAUGAUAAACGCACUGCCCUCCAUCUCGCGGCCAGCGAAGGUCACGCGUCCAUCGUGGAGCUCCUCUUGGCUUACAACGCUGAGGUUAAUCUGCAAGAUCGCUGGAAUCGAACUCCACUAACAGAUUCAAGGCUUUAUGGACAUCGAGAUAUAUGUAGAAUUUUGGAAGUCAAUGGUGGCAAAGAUACUAGCAAUGACAAUCAAAUGACAGUUCGCUACGAAGAAGACAAUUCCAGUGAAGUUGAUAUUGAUAUAUCUGAACUAAAUUUUCAGCACCCUUCAAUAGUUCAACAG